CGCACCCAACGCUGUCGUCUAAAUAACCGAAACGUAGCUGCGCGAAGUGCCGAGAAAAGUUGGAAAAACCCUCUCAAAGAGCAAGAGUCACUAAAAAUGCCCCGAGGUGGUAGGACACGAGGUCACAAAGGCAGACCCAAGCACUACCUCACGCGGGAGGAGAUAGAGGCCGAGGAACAGAGGAAGAAGAAGGAAUCCGAAUGGAAGCGUCGGAAGGGAGGAGGGCCCGGGGAGGAAGGGGAGGAGGAGGAGGAGGAGAGUGUGUCUGUGGAUGAGGGGGUUAAGGAGAGGGGGGCACAGUUUGCGACGAGGCCUGUGGGCACCAUGCCGUCCAGCAGCAGCAGUGAGGACGAGGAUGAAGAUGAGGACGAGGAAGAGGAUGAAGAGCCCAAGGCCAAGGGAGUGGAAGCACUGAUCGAGAUCUCAAACCCAAACAGAGUUGCCAACAAAAGCAAGAAAGCCUCGCAGAUUGACGUCAAUGCCAAGGUCGAGCUGUCCCGACGGGAAAGAGAGGAGAUAGCACGUCAGCGGAGUGUGGCCAACUACAGGAAGCUCCACGAGGCAGGGAAGACGGAGGAAGCCCAGAGAGACCUGGCCCGCCUGGCCAUCAUCCGACAGAAGAGGGAAGAAGCUGCAAAGAAAAAGGAGGAAGAGUUGAAAGCCAUAGGCCAGUCCGAGCCGCAGGCCAGUCCGAGUCGACAGCAGCAGCCGCAGAAAGACGUGAAGCGCAGUUCCCUGGAGGUUCCCUGCAGCAACAGUCCGUCCCGGUCCAGUGCCGGUGGGGACUCGCUUACGCCCAGCGAGCUGUCGUGGACCGGCUUGCCCGAGGACCAGCAAGCAGUGGAGCGCUUACAGCAGUGCCGCAAACAGCUGGAGGAGGAGAUAGAUGAUAUGGUAGAUGAGUUGACUAGGAUCGGAGAGGAGAUGAACUGUACCUCAGAGUGCCUCCAGAUCCUCAGAGAUAGUGAUGAAACUCCGCAGAAGAAAGAUCUCAGAAGAGCUCGGAAAAUCUUCAAAAACAAACCCAAAGAUGCAAUCAAGUUCCUGUUGGAGAAGGAGCUACUCAACGACACGCCAGAAGACGUAGCUCUCUACCUCUUCUGCAACGGAAUGGACAAAACGGCACUGGGAGACUACCUCGGGGAAGGGAAAGAGUUCAACAUUAAAGUGCUGCAAGAGUUUGUUCGACUGCACAAGUUCCACGGGAUGGACCUCGUCCGAGCGUUGAGGGGUUUCCUCGGGAGUUUUCAGCUGCCGGGCGAAGCACAGAAGAUCGACCGAAUGAUGGAGUCGUUUGCCUCCCAG